UAGUUUUAUAUAAGAUAAAACAUAUGAAAGCAUUAAAAUUUUUAUCUAAAUAAAUAUAUAGCUAUUAGAAUUUUAAUAAAUGCAUACCAGUACAGAGCUUUUCAUAUUUUAUUGAAAAAUAAUCCAAUAAUUUUUAAAUAUAAAUGAAUACAACUUCUUUAAUUACAUUAAAUCAUAGUAUUUUCCUUUAGAAUAUAAUAAUGACUGAUGUAUUUAUAACGCUAUUAAAAUAAGAAGAAGAAGACGAGGAAAGACAAUUAUUUAUUAAUGGUAUAAUUACUAAAUUAUGUCUAUUAUCAUUUUAAAUUAAUUGAAUAUAAAAUAAAUGACUAUAGAUGACUAUAGGGCAAAACUAUACAUUCUUUAUUCAAAUAUUUUUCUCAUGACAAAAAUAAUAAUAAUAUUUUUAUUUUUAUUUUAAUGUUUAAUGAAUAAAAAAUCAAAUAAAAAUAAAAAUCUUUAAAUUUUAUUU